AUGGUAUGCAACUUCCAGCUCAGCUCGCACCGAAGCACUGCAUCAGGAUUAGUCGCGCAAACACCCCAACAGAGACGCGCAAACGCAAAGUUCGCCAAAGACAAUGAGUCCCGCAUGGGCAAAUCUGAGGAUCAGAUCAAGAAGCGCACCAAAGAGGCGCCCAAGUCGCCCAUUUCUCCCAUCUGGCUCAUCCUUCUCGGCUUCGUCGUCUUUGGCGGUAUCGUUUUCGAGGUCCUCUCACGCAUGUUCGGCUUCUAA